AUGUCGGUUCUUGGAUCACAGUCAGGUCUUUCCGAACAAACGUUAUCGGAUGCAGAUGACAGCAAUGUCCCAAUGCAGCUUCUGACGGAGACUAUAGAUAGACGAAAAGCACAGAACCGCAUCGCCCAAAGAAAGCAUAGACAAAAGCUCAAGAAACGUAUCGAGGAACUGGAGUUGCAACUGGAGUACGCGAAUUUCAACUACAGACCAAUCGUUCAAAAAACAACACCUCACCCUAUAGCAAUGGCUGUACCGUCGUAUUCGAAUUCAACGGAGGAAAACAUAUUACCCCAUCUUGACCACAUCGAGAAUCUCUUUACAAAGUCUAACGGUCAGUUGGGAAGCUUUUGGAAUGCCCAAGAACAUAGCUCGUUGUCUGAGGUCUCGCCUCCACUUGGUUACAUCACAACGCCUUUACCCGCCGCAGCCAUCUCACCAUUGCAAAUUCGGAACCUGACAGGCGAUAAUGAGUUGCAUACCUUGGCUCAGGAUAGUUCCGUUAACAGAGGUUUCACCUACACCUCAGCUCGCCGUGGUAUAGAACCACCGACAUCUUCUCUCUUGAUGACACCGACUACCGAAAUUAACGAGAUUCUCGCGGUACCUGAUGUGAGUCGCAGGUCUUCAUCGCACCCGAUGAGUGACGCGGCAGAACUUGAUGACCCAGCUACUCCUCCUUGCUCAUGGAACAUGGAGCGCAAAAUCGCCUACAUUGUCGAAUGCGCUAAGACGCUCGGGUUUCGCGACUUCGACUCAGUCGUAGCGACCUAUUACACCAGGUCAUUUGAAGUCAUGUCCCGAGCUCAUGAUAUGCAGAGAGUUAGCAGGAUUCGUGGCCUCGGUUCUGUCCUUCGGACCAUUGAUGCCAGCGCCGAGGCCUGGCCACAUCACGAGAGCCAAAUCUAUCAAGCCGAGAUCUUUAAAGCCGCCGAGCACCUUUACAGGGCUGAGUUUCAGAGAGCCAUUGACAGCGGAGCGCUGAUGGUUCUAGAAGAGCGUCAGCGGCUGAAGGAGGAUGAAAUGAAUAGGCCAGCGGUUAAGCUUACGUCUCAUAAGAGUGAACUCUUGUCACAGAAAGACGUAGCUGCCGACCAAAGGAUAUAA